AUGCCUAUUCACCACCAGUCUUCCAAUCCUCGUAUGGGCGCAACUUUUUACCCAGGGCAUGUUGAUGCUUUCCAAAUGCCUGAAGUCAUCUCCCCGGCACCGCAAAGGGUUAUGCCAGACGUCCCCGAAAACAUGCAGGAUAACCUUGCCCAUCUCGAACAAGAAGCCUACGGUCCAGGAAGCAUGGCAAGCCAACGUAGCCAAUUCGGCCAGUAUGAUUACGAGCAACCACAACCACAACCACAACAACAACUGGCGCCACAACAGCAACAACAAUUCCCAAGUCGAACAUCGUCGAUCGCCGCUCAACAGAACUAUCCACAGAAUGACCAAGCGUACUCAGACCCCUAUAGCCAGCAGGCCUACAAGCAGCACACGCAAUCCACCACCGAGACUCCUAAUUUCUCCCCCUUCCCCGUCCUACGAGAUCCCCCUCCCAACGUCCCUCCAACCGAUGAGCAACGAGAAGCAAAUCUGGAAAGUGGGCGCGUCGCUGUCCUGAGCUCCAAUGAUCCGGAAAUGCAGCUGGCCUGGGCCCAGGACGCUCUCUCCUACGUCGAAGUCGCCAUGCAAAACGAAAUCCGCAUGGCUGUCAUCCAACCCCCGCGACCGCAAACGCCGCAGGUGGAGCAUCAGGUGAAAACAGACGCGAUCAAUGUCGUAUCCUUCCUGGCUGACCAAGGCCACCCCAGAGCCCUGUUUAUCAAAGCGAUGUGGCUCGAGUUUGGCAAAUUUGGUUUCCGCGUGGAUAAGAAAGAGGCUUUCCUAUGCUAUUCACAAGCGGCGGAGAAGGGACAUGCACGGGCAGAAUACCGAAUAGGUAUGCAGUUCGAGAAUUCCGGCGAACCACACAAGGCGAUUAAACAUUAUGAACGAGGAGUCGCGCUUGGAGAUUCCGCUUCGAACUAUAGACUUGGGAUGAUGAUCCUCUUGGGUCAACAUGGUCAGCACCAAGACUUUGCCGCCGGACUGGAUCAUAUUCGAUAUGCUGCGCAGACGUGCGACGAAAAUGCCCCACAGGGAGCAUAUGUAUAUGGAAUGCUAUUAGCGCGUGAACUUCCCCAAGUCGCUCUUCCCGAUGAAUAUCUUCCUAUUGACCUGGAAGCCGCCCGGAUGAAUAUCGAGAAGGCGGCGUACCAUGGUUUUGCUAAGGCACAGGUGAAAAUGGGAGCUGCCUAUGAGCUCUGUCAGCUUGGCUGUGAUUUUAACCCUGCUUUAUCUCUGCAUUAUAAUGCGCUUGCUGCACGACAGGGUGAACCUGAAGCUGAAAUGGCGAUCAGCAAAUGGUUCCUAUGCGGUCAUGAGGGGCUCUUCGAGAAAAAUGACGAGAUGGCAUAUACCUACGCAAAACGGGCUGCUCAGAGUGGCCUUGGCACCGCAGAAUUCGCUAUGGGCUAUUUUCACGAGAUUGGAAUAUACGUUCCCGUAAACAUCACGGAGGCACGGGCGUGGUAUGCAAAGGCUGCAGCCAAGGGUAACAAGGAUGCCAGCUCCCGGAUCGACAGCAUAUCGCGAUCCAAGACUCUGUCGAGAAAGGAUCAUGAGCGCGUCGCCAUUGCACGUAUCAAAUCGCAAUAUGCCUCCCAUGGUCGGGCUCAGCGCUACCAAGAACUCCAGAGCGUGCAGCCUAUUCAACAACAAGAUACCAUUGAGAUGCCAGACCCAUCACGCAUGACCAUUUCCAGCAAGGACACCAUGCACCAGCGCCCCAUGUCUGCAGCUCCAUAUCCUGACGGACCUAAUUCCAGCUACGGCAGCCCAUCAAACCAAUACAAAAGUCCAAACAUGCGCCCCAGCUCGUUCGGAAGCAAUCCCAACAUCCGCUCCCAUUCCGCAAACCCCAUUCAGAACCGCAUAACCUCUGGCGACGGACCGCCACCGCCACAUCACCAACAACCACAGCAAGGAGCCUAUAGACCGCAAGCCACUACUCCAAAACUGGACAUCGGCUUCUCUGCGCCGCCAGACCCAUCCGGUGCGGACCGACGGAGACACCCGCAACGUCCAGAUGCCAAUGCCCACAAUGGUGCUACACACCCCCACCGACAUCAAGGCCCUCGUGGGAACAACCGCGUGGCUUCGUCUCCAAUCCCGUCGUCCGGUCAGUAUCCGCCCCGCGGCGAAUCGAGGCCGCAACAGACUUCCGCUGCGCCGGCUUCGUCGGCUGGACGGCCCGGUCAGCAGGGGCCAGCGGGGCAGAAGCCUGUUUCUGGAUUGCCAGGUAAGGGACCGAAGACGUUUGAAGAGAUGGGAGUGCCGCAGGGGAAGGGUGAUAGUGACUGUGUAAGUUGA